CUCGGCGAUUCAAGGGACGACCAGCGGAAAUUUGGAUAUCUUCGUUGCUCCCCGAUGAUCAUCUCUUGAUUCUUGCUCGGAGCAGCAGCAGCAGCAACGGCAACAGACAUCGUAUAAAGAGGGCUCGGAACAUGGCGGAAGACGGCCGUCGACCCGUUCUCGAGUUCGCCGCCACCCAUCGCCAUUGACACGCGCCUUUGUCGCAACCUCCUGUCUCUAUACCCGUUCGGUCGCUCACCAAGGCGUCUUCGGAACCGCCCUCUCUCACUCUGAUCUUCUGCUCUGCCUCUGUGUGCUUGGACCGUCUCGAGAAAAAAAGGCAAGCCGAGACAUGAUUGUCAUCUCUGAUAUCGCCCACGCCAUUGUCCACGGCAUCCACGCCGUCUCUCGCGCCGUCGGCUUCGUCCUGGGCAUCCACCUCUUUAUCGUCUUGCAAACAUUUCGACUACUCUUUGACGACCCCAUCGGCUCGCUUCGGUCGGCAGCACCCACUUCGCCUCUGAACAAUCGCGACCGGUCAGACACGCAGGCUGUGCCCCUCCAUCUGCCGGCACUGGGCCCGCGACCAGACGACUUGCCACUGCCGCCCGCCGCAUUGGGCCGACUUGAGAAGCUGAGGGCCAACGUCAUGAUCAUGAGCGCCAGGCUGCACGACGAGGCAGUCGAGAUUGGCGAGAGAAUCGACUCGAAGGGGGGCGCGUCCGCAAAGCUGCUUUCGGCCCUCUCGCUCGGUGGUCGAGGCGGUGGAGGAAGGAACUUGAACCCAGAGCUGGUCAAGAGGCUGCCCCCAGAGAUUGUCAGCUACAUCUUGCUGCUCGCUGCGUCGCCACACACGCCCGAUGCCGUGCCCUGCAAGAUUGCGCUUUUGUCCAAGGCCCACUAUCGCCUCGUCAUUCCCAAGCUCUACGCCCAUGUCCAGCUCAAUGAUGGCCACACCUUUCGGCGCUUCCGGCUGACGAUGGCGCUGCACAACCCUUCGCUUGGCCGCCUCGUCAAGUCGCUCCAGAUUGCCUCGGCCGACUUUGACGACAGUGGCUACCUGCCAGGCCAGCUGGCCGAAAAUGUGGCCCUGGGCGUGGGUCUGGAGCAGAUCCUGCUUGCCUGCUCCAAUCUCUCGGACCUUUACCUCGACCUGCUGGCUAUGGCCGCGCUCCACAAUGGGACAGCUUCGCGCCUCGAGCGGGGCGCACUGCCCGUGCGUCUCUCUGCCGAGCUCAGCAUCCCCCAGUAUCUGGCCGUGCCCACCUUUGCCUCGCUGCGCCACGUCGAGCUGAACGUCUUUGGCCUCGACGCAGACGCCGUCGAGGAUCUCCGCACGGUCCUUCCUCGCCUCAAGAGCCUCACUUUCCGGUGGGUCACGCGCGGCAGCUAUCGACCUCCCGCCUUGCGCAACGUCUUGAGUGCCUACGACUGGCGAGGCGCACGUGGCGUCGAUCGACGACGGCGAAGACGGCCCAGCAUGAGCCGUCAGGGGAGCACCAGCAGCCUCAACAGCAGCGGCGGCAGUGGCAGCGGCAAUGUGCACCAUCAUGCUAGUGCAUUCAGUCACGAAGAGUCCCAAGACAUGAGCAUAGACGACGAUGACGACGAGACCGAGGAGGAGAGGGCCCAGUGGAGGCCGGGCGGACGCAAGCACUCGGAUCUGUGCCUCUUUGCCCAUGCCAUUGACGUGCUCCGGCGGUGGCCCCAGGAGCCCAGCGACGGCAAGCCGCUGCGUGCCCUGACGGUGCUCGCAUGGCCCAAGGCUGUCCGGAUGCUCCGCGAAUUCUUCCCCGAUGCCGUCCUCUUGGACGAGGCGGGGCCUGCUGACGAGCAGGCAUGGGACUGGAGCAUGGAGAGGGCCUACGACGAGGACGAUGAGGAAGAGGCGAAAGGGGAGGAGCAAGACGGGGUAGAAGAGGGCCGAGGCGGCCUGAAGAAGAGGCCCAACUUCUCGAGAGCGUCGCGAAGAAUGGGUCCCGCCGGUCAUCGCCCUCCUCCCGUGCACGUCCAGGCCGCCGGAGGCCCUGCCCCCAUGGGCGUAAUGAUGGCGAGGAACCCGUCGUCACUGUCCCAACACAGCCGCAGCGGCGAUACCAAGCUGGCCCCGCUCCGCAUCGGUAUCGACGAUGCCUACCAGCAGGGCCCGCGACGAGGCCCGCUGCAGCAGUGGCAGGCCCGCACGGCGAGCUGCGACGUCUGGCGCUGAUGCAUUCUUUUCUCUUUUCCCUGUCGCACUCGCUGCUCUUUGCAUCUGUAGACGCUCCUGUACUGUACUUUUUUCUUCUAUUCCACCAAUCUGUAUU